AUGGCGCUCUCUGCUUCGAUGCUUCGGCUGCUGUUCGUGGUCUUUGUCGCUUUGGGCAGCGUAACCUAUGGCUACUGUGCCAGCAUCAUCGCGACCACCCUCGGACAGCCGUCCUUCAUAUCCUACUUUGAACUGGACACACGAUCGAACGCGAGCGAUCUGAUUGGAGCCACCAAUGGACUCUUUCAGGUUGGAGGCCUCUUUGGGACGUUGUCCUGCAUGAAGUCUGCCGACUGGCUAGGUCGCCGGAAAGCGCUGUUUGUGGCGAGCAUCGUCACCACAAUCGGAGGAGCACUGCAGGCGGGCAGCGUGCAUAUCGGCAUGUAUAUUGUGGCCCGGUUGAUAACAGGCCUUGGUAUCGGAGCCCUCGUCACUCUUGUCCCCCUCUAUCAAAGUGAGGUCGCACCUCCGAAAAUUCGUGGUAUGCUGGUCGGAAUACAUGGAGUGAUGAUCUGCAUUGGUUACACUUCCGCAAGCUGGAUCGGCGUAGGCUUCUACUUUGUCCAGGCGGCCGGAGCUCAGUGGCGUAUCCCUCUCGCAGUCCAGGCGAUUUGGCCCGCACUACUAGCCAUGGGAGUCUUAUUCCUGCCAGAAUCACCUCGAUGGCUGCUAGACCGCGACCGCUUCGACGAAGCAUAUUUGUCGUUUAAAAGGGUCCGAGCUGAGACCUCGGACAGCUUCUUGAACGAUGAGGACGCCAUCCGCGCCGAUUUUGCUCUACUGCACUCUCAAAUUCUGCAAGAGAAGGAAGAACGGCUAUCAACUUUGGACUUGUUCAGGCUGCCGGGAUAUCGUAAAAGAGUAGGCAUCGGCUUCAUCAUGAUGGUAGGAGCCCAGGCCACUGGAACGCAGAUUAUCAACAACUAUGGACCUUUGCUGUAUGCGAAUCUCGGCUUCGACACCGUUAGGCAGCUCAUCAUUCAAGCUGGCUGGAUUUCGGUCUCUCCUUUUGGAAAUGGACUUAAUGCACUGAUUGUUGACAGGGUUGGCCGCGUCAAAAUGUUGAUAAUUGGGAUGUCAGGAUGUGUGCUGGCUCUCGUCGGCGAGGUCAUUACACUUUCUCAAUUCCAAGAGCACGGCGGGCAAGGUGCUGCCAGUGCCGCAGUCUUCUUUCUAUUCUUACACGUUGCAAUCUUCGCCAGCACCAUCGAUGCAACCUCUUACAUCUAUGCUUCGGAAAUAUUCCCGACACCAGUGAGAGCAAAGGGACUGUCCCUCUCCAUUUCUGGAUUGUUCCUCUCGGCAUUGGCCUUGCUGCAGGGUGCUCCCACCGGCUUUGCGAGUAUUGGAUGGAAAUAUUAUCUGGUGUGCAUUGGAGCUACCUCGGCUGUCAUCGUCGUGGUCUGGUGGAAAUUUCCAGAGGUAAUGUUUUCCAGUGUUUGGUUCAACCGGCUGCUUGUGGCGAGAGACUAA